AUGUGUGUAUCUGUAGUUAUAUCUCCCUCCCUACUUCCCUGUCUCCCUCUCUCCCUUCCUGUCUCUCUCCCUCUCUCCCUUCCUCCCUGUCUCUCUCCCUUCCUCCCUGUCUCUCUCCCUCUCUCCCUUCCUCCCUGUCUCUCUCCCUCUCUCUCUUCCUCCCUGUCUCUCUCUCUCCCUCUCUCCUUUCCUCCCUGUUUCUCUCCUUUCCCCCUGUUUCUCUCCUCCUUUCCCUGUUUCUCUCCUCCUCUCCUUUCCUCCCUGUUUCUCUCCCUCUCUCCUUUCCUCCCUGUUUCUCUCCCUCUCUCCUUUCCUCCCUGUUUCUCUCCCUCUCUCCUUUCCUCCCUGUUUCUCUCCCUCUCCUUUCCUCCCUGUUUCUCUCCCUCCCUUUCCUCCCUGUUUCUCCUCCUCCUUUCCUCCCUGUUUCUCCCUCUCCCCUUUCCCUCCCUGUUUCUCUCCCUCUCCUUUCCUCCCUGUUUCUCUCCCUCUCUCCUUUCCUCCCUGUUUCUCUCCCUCUCUCCCCCAUCUUGA